CUCCCCCUCCAAGAGCGUGGAUCUGCUCACGGUGUUGACCCACAUACUGGGCCAGUCUGUACCACGGGGCGGCGGGCAGGGGGAGUUUAUAUGUGGCAAAUGCGUGUGCCUGCUAGAACGCGUGUUCAAGUUUGACACGGUCAUAGCCAGGGUGAGGGUGCUUUCGUCUGAGCGCCUUCAGAAGCUGACGCAGGAGAGGGAUAAAAUCAGACAGUGGGUGCGCCAAAACUACUGCCAUAGACAUCUGCAGGACUUUCAGAGCAGGAGCAGCACCAGCGAGGACGAAGGAGAGGUGGAGAAGGAAGGCUACAGGGAGAUGCUCAAGGAGAAUAUGGCGCUCUCAGAGUAUGAGUGCUGGUCAGAGAAGUGGGACACGUGUCCGUAUUUUAUCAGAACGGGGAAAAGAUGCAGAAAAGGGAAGGGGUGCGAAGGUUGCGAUUCCUUACGGGUGUCCGACUCUGAUUACGAGUCAGUUUGUGGGGUUCCUCGCCACAUGCCUUUCCAGCCCUUCUCCCCAUUGUCCCAGGAUAGAUCCCAGAGCAUGCCCCUCCACUGGCACAGGGUGCCAUCCGUCAACUCCAGCCCAGCCUCCCUGGCAGGGUCCAGUCUCUCGUUACGAGCUCCUUCCCACACGGAGUCCAUUCAGUCUCUUGAUUCUCUGGACGGGAAUGACCCCUUUGAUUCAGCAAGUGAUCAGUCAGUCAACUUCAUGCUGAGAGAGCUGAGAAGUAUUGGAGGGAAGCCGGUCAGUUCGCCAUCAGGAAGUAAAAUCCCCGUUCUGGGCAAAAGGGAUGGGAGGUACCUGGGAAAAAUCGAGGAGACUGCAUCACCCACAGUGACCAGGGUGCUGAACUUUAGGGAUGUGGAGAACGGAGGGGAUGAAAUGGAUGAAGAAAAUGGAGAUGUCCUAACAUUGCUGAGGGACGAGUUCAUGCCUCUUCACCGAGAGAAGACUGCUGCUAGAGUUCAUCAUGGUAUCCGGCACCUAAAAGGCCAACUUGACCAAGCUGCAUCCCGCAUCAGGACCCUGGAGGCUGAGCUGAAACAUGGGAGAAGCAAACAAGUGGAAGUCAACGGAUCACAAGACUGGGCCCCUAAACGUGUCAUUUUCUUCCAGGCUCUCUCAGAUUCUGUGAGUGGCCUGCAGUCAGGAGGGGGCGGGGCUGAACUGGCAGCUAUGUUGAAGGAUCAAGAGGAAAGCAGCGCCACCUUGUGCCAGGAGGUCACCAAGCUU